AUGAGGUCCACUUUACGGUUAUUGGCCAACGUCAAGUCUGCCAGAUACCUCCAACCUCAUGCACCCACUGGUCUCACCGGCCUCACAACCCACCCAAGACCCAGACAAGCCCUCCUCAUUCUAUAUACUACCACUUUGAACAAACUCCAGAAUAUCCCUGAGUCGUCGGUUUACCGCCAAGCCACAGAAGCCCUCACAAAGCACAGGUUGAAGAUCAUCGAAUCCACCAAACCCCCAGGCUACGAUAAAUGGCAGCAGGAAGUACAACAGAAAGUGGCAGCAAACCCGGACCUGGUCAAAACCAUCUCUACACCAAGUGGCGCUCUGGCGGGGGCAUACUCUCUAUUAGGUGGUCGGGUGUCAAACCUUGAAAAGCGACAUUAUGCCGAGAACAUGGAGAAUGCGUUGCGCCAAAUAGCGGAGGAAAAAGAGGAGUUCGAGAAGUUGCCUGAGGACCUGAAGCCUGCUGUGGCACAGUGGUCGAGAGAAAAAGAGGAAAGCGAACGACUUCAACGUGAAGAGGAGCCUGUCGCGACACAAUCUAGGAUUGAUUUGUAUGAAGAACCGGCUUUGGAAGCGACGCAGAUCUCCGAAAUCGAACACCAGAUCGGAGCGGGCCUGAUAGAGGAAGUUAUUGAAGUUGCGGAGGGAGAGUUAAAACUCGUGGAUGACAUGAUCAAAUUCAAAGUAUGGGAAGAGCUGGUAGAAAAGCCGAAACCCGGCCAAUGGACAUAUUUUGGCAGGGACACAGGCAGUGCCGCGAACUAG